AUGUCCACCACCACUGCCACCCCAACCCAACCCUCCAGCUACCACAACCAUCCCGACAAGCUUGAACAACAAGCGGCUUCCACAGCUAUACAUACCUCCAGAGAGACCUCGUCAAAGCCCAGCUCCUCGUCGGUACUUGACGAGGACGGUCGGCUAUCUUCAGCUAGUGCUGCACUUUCGCUCAAGUACGCUCGCGCCCAAGACCUUCCUUCUUUUCCUUCUACCGGAGGAGUCCAACUAGCCUCAGCUGGUGCUGCUGCAAGUUUGGCAGACUCGAACAAACGCACUUUCGAGCACUGGAAACCCGGUUCAAUUCCGGCAGCAAAUCACGCCGCAAAUAUUGCCAAAGACUAUGAGAUGGACCCCAUUUGGAAACCCGAAUUAAGCCGAGCUGGUUCUCAAGCUGCCGCAGCUGCACAUAAGGAGGCUACACCAGUAGAGAUAUGGAAGGCCUCGGAAUCAGAACACGGCCAUUCUGCUGCUUCUUCUGCCCUACAAAAUCAAAAGUCUCCUCCAGCCAUAACAGAACGAACCGUCUCUUCAGACGCACGUGAAAAGGCUCUCCUUGCCGCCAGGAAAUCGCUGUCUAGCGGUCGCAGAAGGGCCGACUCCGCUCCUAUACGCCCACAACCUCAAUCUCCCAAUCCUCAUGCAGGAUGGGCUCAGAAGGCUGCUAUGUCUUCUCACAGAGGCGGAGCCCCAGGUUCCCCCUCCACACCCGGAACCGCUGCCUUCGAUGCUGCACGUAUACAGAAUAUGGCCAAGAAUAAUAUUUCUCGACAGAUGUAUACAUCUAACCCCCCGGUCGCGAUUGAAGUCGAGGAAAAGAAGAGACAGGACACUUUACGUGCAUCCGCAAUCGCAAUGGCUCGCAAGAUGUAUGCCAUUCAGCAAGAACAGAUUGACUCCGCCAAAGGCAUACAUCGAUCCGAAAGUCAUUAUGCAGCACAUACUGCCCGUCAACGAGCUCUCUCUGAUGCGGCUGCUCAGCCAGCAACCGUGAAGGAGCCCCCCAGAUACGAAAAUCUAGAGGAUGCUGCACGAAAGUUGGCGCACGAGAGACUGGCUAGAAUACACGAUGAGCAUGCUGAAUAUAGACAGUAUUACGGUGCACAACCACCGCCGAAGCAAUCGAGAUUGUCUCUCAGACGGCCCGCUCGUCCGCCAGUUAGCCCUCGUCGGAACAGUAGCAGCGAUUCAGACGAGGAACAAUCCCGGAAAAUUCGAGCUCAGAUGUCGGUUUUCCAGAGUAAACUGGCCGAAGUCGAUGACAAGAAGCGGCAAGCUGAUCGAGAUGCACUUCUUGCAGCUGCUCAUAAGAACGUAACCGCUCGUUUGAAUGCAAUGGAUGAAAAGGUCUUCUCCGAGACAGGCAAGACUAGCCCACAUCAGCGGGAGCUUUGGGAGCGUCAAGCUAGAGAACGAGCUCAACGCGAGAGUGACGACAGACUGAUCAAUGUUGGUAAAGUCAAUAUUGGAGGUGGCAAGUAUCUUGAUCAAUCAGAGAUCGAUGCUAUUGCAAGGGCACGUCUGCAACCGACACUAGAUGAGAUCUCUGAAAAGGCUGAGCAACAAAGAGCUCGAGAUGAAGAGAUCAGACUCGAACAAGAGAGAAUCAAGGCCGAGGCGGCUGCAGAGAAGAAACGAUUGGCGGAUGUCAAGGCGGAGCAGAAAGCUGUUGCAGACCGUGAAAAGGCAGAGACGAAAGCGAAACUUGCCGAAGAGAAACGCUUACGGCAAGAGAAAGAGCAUGAGGACCGUCGUGUCCGGAAUGAACAAAAGGCAACAGAAAAGAAAGCCCGUGACGAGGCUGCCGCUGCCGAAAAGGAACGUAAGCGAGGCGAAAAGGAGGAGAACAAACAAUCGACUCCAAGCAAACCUAGAUUGUUCCCAUCAUUCAUAUCGAAAGGAGCAACCGCUGGAGUCGCAGGUGGCACUGCUGCCGCUGCUGUUGUCGAAACUACAGGCGAUGGUAUCGGUGCGGCUGCGAAGACCGCCACCUCACCCUUGCAUGGAACAGACGUCAGGGCUGCUCCAGGUACUGAAGAUGUUGCUGUCACGGGCGAUACUGUCCACGAUCAAGUAACAUUGGAUCCCGCCGAGGCUGCCUACGCGGUUGCCGCCGCUAGUGACGACGAGGAUAGCGAUGAUGGCAAGACCAAACCUGCACAGCAAGAAUCUACUACAAGACGUUUGUCAGAGGAUGACGUUGAUCCCCGGGACGUCACUGGUACUACUCUCACUACUGCUCCAGCAACAGACACCACUCAAGCAUUCGAACCCAUCUCACCAACAUCACCAACUUCCCCUUCAAAAAGAGACUCUCGGAUGAAGUCCUGGUUCAAGAAGAAGCUAAAGUCAGGCAGCAAGGCUGAGAACGACAUUGGAGAAAAGCCAGUGUUCAGUAGUGAAACUACCCCGGCAAAACCUGCCGAGCCAUUGAAGGAAGAGGAGAACAGACUUUCCUCAGAUUCUGCUCGUGAUGUUGCCCUAGCUGGCAAGAGCGACAAUGAGACGGACGAUCUAUAUGGUGCGGGCGACAAAUCUAGAGAACGUGUGUCACCGGUGAAUAUUCAUGCGGCCACCACAAAUGAACCGAAAUCGAGCGAACAACGCAGUCGAUCCAUCAGCCCUGUUUCAUCUACUCUAAGCGAAGACCCCUUCGUCAUUGCAGCUGAUGUUGCCUCAUCGAGAUAUUCUGCUGAGAAUUCAAACUCGAAAAGAAACUCAGGGGCAGAUCAUUUAGCCACUGUCGAAGACUCAGAUGACGAACCUCGCGGAAGAAAAGGAUUUCGUGAGCGGUUUUUGAAGAAGGUCAUCCCGGGGAGAGAUAAAGACAAGCAGAAGCCUGCCGUGACCGAGGCAGCACCUACGUCAGCAGCCGUGGCGCCUAUCAGUGAGCAAACCGAAACCAAGCCAGCUAAAUCAUCUGAUGUUGAACAGCAAACGACCGUCGCGACUGAAUCACCCUCCUCUCAUAACACCGAGCCCUUCCAAGAAAAGACUCAAGAACCAUCCACAACAUCAAUCGAACCAGCAACUACAGUAACAACCCGUGCGACGACACCGUCGUUAUCGGACACAGUGACCAACGGUGGCGAUGAUGACUUUGAGGAGGCCCGGGAUACGUUUGACGAGGGCGCGCUGGAGUCGAAUCGACCGAAGAUCAUUGAUGUCUCGAAGGCACAACAGUUGAAACCUGAAUUGGUGGAUGUGACGAGUCCGACCGGUGUAACCAAGAAGAGUAGUGCUAGCCCGGUUGGAAGCAGGCAUAGUGGUACCGGUGGUGGGAGUCGAUUUACUGAAGAGCUCUAA